UGCAGCUACUAUUCCCAAUUCCCAUCACUGCUCUUGCCGUCGCUCCACAGACGGUCGCCAAAUUAUUGUCUGAGGCGGUGUUAGGUCAACAGAAGAGCCUCAGAUUAGACCAGGAUGUCCACAUUCAGAAAUUUGUCCUCCUCUCGGAGACUGGCACUUGGGCUACUGGGUCUGGCUGGGGCAGGAGGGGCGGGCCUGGCGCUGUCCUUGGAGCGUGCUGUGUCAGCGGCCGAUGCUGAUCGCUUUGCACACGCGCCCCACUUCCACUGGCCCCAUGAGGGCUUCCUUGACUCUUAUGAUGUCAAGAGCAUCAGGCGGGGCUAUGAGGUCUACAAGAACGUGUGUGCCGCGUGCCAUGGUUGCUUUACGGUCGCCUACCGCAUGCUCAGGAACGUCUGCAUGACGCCAGAAGAGGCCAAGGCUGAGGCCAAGAGAGCCACCUACCUGGACGGUCCUAACGACGAGGGCGAGAUGUACAACAGGCCUGGCAAGACGGCCGAUUAUUUGCCCAAGCCUUACCCCAACGAGCAGGCGGCCGCCUACGCCAAUGGGGGCAAGGCUCCCCCCGACCUCGGGCUCAUUACCUUUGCCAGGCACGGAUACGAGAACUACAUCUUCGCCCUGCUAACUGGGUACCAAGAUCCACCCGCGGGCUUCCAGGUUGACGAAGGUCUCUACUUCAACCCCUACUUCCGAGGAGGCGCUCUGGCCAUGCCUCCUCCUCUCUACAACGAAGUGCUGGAGUACAGCGACGGCACUCCCGCCACCAAGUCGCAGUGCGCCAAGGAUGUGGCUUGCUUCCUGCGCUUCGCCGCCGAGCCCUGGCAUGACGAGAGGAAGAAGUUGGCUCUCAAGCUCGUCUCCCUGCUCGCCCUCAUAUCGGCUGCCCUCGCCUACUACAACAGACACGUUUGGACUGUUCUUAUCAAUAGGAAAGUCAUGUACGUGCCCAAGAAAAAAUCUUCUUAGGAAACUCUGCACUAAGUGGAUAUUAAUGGUCUUGCAUGGCGCAAAGAUUAUGUAAACCCGGGAUGCGUGUUGAUUAUAGUUGCAAUUUUUGGCCUACCAGGAAGCUAAGAUUGAAAUUUCAAUUAUUGUGCGAGGGUAAUUUACACUUGAAUUUUUCGGUGGCAAUUUGUAUGUUAGAAGGAUAUGCUAACUAUUGUAAAUUUUGUUAACUGAGCGCUAAAAUUUCAUAACAAGAGACCCAUUCUGUAAGUACGUAUUGCCAUCUGAUUCAGUAAAUGAACCAUUGUGUAAAUGCAUCACUAAUUGGUUAAUCCUUUAACAUCAAUGAAUAUAAUUUGUUCACAUUUUUCUUCGAGCUGACUUCUAGCUUGGUAUUAGAGGGAUAGCUACGUCCUGCAGUGGUUGUUUGUCCGGCCUCUCUAAUGUGGUGAUUGCAUCAGGACACUGCCAUACACGAUUGUUUUUUUAAUCGAUGCCAUUCCAAUGCAGGCUUGGCAGUGUUGGGGAAAUGUACAUACUCUAUUAUAUUAUUUAUUAAGUGAAAUAUGUUGCAGUUCGCUGUUGAACUCUGCAGUGGAACAGUAAUGAUAAACCAGAGCCUCCCUC